UAUAGACAAAUUAUAUACCUACGGACUCGUGAAUAUUUACUGAAUAUGAAAAUGCAAACUUCUCGAGAUUCCACGGCCUCUGAAAGAAGUAUUUAGCAUCCGAACCCCAGGAUUCACGGAUUUGAGAGGGGCACCCCGGAGAUUAGUUUCGGCUGCGCUAGCCAGUGGCCGUUUCUACCCGUUUCUGAUGACGUCAUAUCGUGUAGGUUAUUUGGCCACUCGGUAUAUAGCAGCUGGUUCUUCGCAUGGUGGUCGGUACAAAGGUGUACGACAAGCUUCGAGAGGAAUGGCUGAGGACCAGACUGGUGAACGACAUUGGGAUGAUGUCCCCACAUGCCCAAACCAGCAAGGUUGAAUCAUUCCACAACAUCCUCCUUCACUUUUGCCCCAAGUUGCUUGUAUACUCAUAUCAAGGGAUGAAGUGCAGAUUAUAUUUGGCUGUCCUACAUUGGAACGAAAAUUGUGAUAGAGCCCAGGCUGUUGAUGCCGAAGGGAACCCAGUGUACAGGUUGAAGUAUCCACGCUCGAAGGAAGGAGGCCACACAGUGGAGAGAGUGCUGACAGCUGGCACAUGUGGUUAUGUGAAAGCCCUGAUGAGAGUUGUCGUAGAACUGGUGGAAAACAGGGAGCAGCUCAGAGACAACAUGGAGGAGCUACAGCCUCAACCAGCACGGAGUGCCUCUCAUCAUCACCCCGACAAUGGAGAAGCCGUGCAAGCUUUUGAACAACAUCAUCGCUUUGGCGAUAGAAACUAGUUCUUUUGGUGAUAGAAACUAUGAUGAAUGUGUCAGCUACCUGAACAUUAACCACUGAUUGUUUUAUUUCAGUACAAUACAUGUUUUUCAUAGACCCUAAAUUAUGUUUAUGCCAGUAUAAUUAUGGAGAGUAACAUGGAAGUACUCUAUGCAAGUGAGUAGUGGAUUCCGAUUCUAUGUGAGUGUAAAGCACUAGAAACUUGUCUGUAAGCUUGUACAUACUUACACAAGCCAAAGUCCAUGGUACACAUCAAUAGUCAUUGGUUUUAAUAGGUAAAAUACUUAUUAAAUUUGUAAAACUUACAUUUUUAGUUCAAUUAAAAACAAUUUCUGAAGCAUAUGCACUAGAUUUUCAUAAACACUAAGUAAAUCACUGUUGAUCAUGAAUUUGGCACCAAAUAUAAUCUGAUUUUUCUCACAGUCCUUCAUCUUGGCCAAUGCUUUUUGCUUCUUAUUUGCAAAAAA